UUAAGAGAGACUGAAUGAUAGAGCUCAGACACAACUGUGCAACUGAAACAGAGGAAAAUGGCCGCCCUACCAGUCAACGUGCUAAUCACCGGAGCCAACAGAGGCCUGGGCCUGGAGAUGGUUAAACAAAUGGUGGAGGCUCCCUGUCCAGUGAGAAAACUGUUUGCCUGUUGCAGGGAUCCACAUGGACCAAGGGCUGAGGCCUUGCAAACACUGGCAAAGAAGCAUCCCGGCAUCAUAUCCAUCAUCCGCCUGGACGCCUCUGACCUUUGUAGCAUUAAAGAUUCCGCCCAGCUGGUGGGUUCUCUGGUGGGGACAGGGGGUCUCAACCUGCUGAUUAACAACGCAGGGAUACUGGCCAAAGGCACUCUGCAGGACACCACCCCUGAGGACAUGCAGAGUUCCUUUAACACUAACGUCAUUGGCCCGAUGAACAUGAUUAAAGAGUUCUUGCCUCACCUACGUGCAGCAGUGCAGGCCAACGGGAAGCCGGGGAUGUCCUGCAACAAAGCAGCUGUCAUCAAUAUCUCCUCAAUUAUGGGAUCAUUGGACCUUGUAAAACCAACAUAUGUCCACUUCCCUGCCAUGGCAUACCGCAUCAGCAAGGCAAGUGACAACCCACUGACACUGUGACCUCAUCUAACAUUAACUUCUUUGCUCUAUGACAGUUAUUUUUCUACCUCUCCUCAGACGGCUUUGAACAUGCUGACUGCGUAUGCUGCAGAGGAGCUGAAAGAGGAAGGGAUCCUGUUUUCAGUGCUACACCCUGGCUGGGUUCGCACCGACAUGGGUGGAGACGAGGGGGAGAUUGAUGCUCCGGAGAGUGUGCAGGGGAUGCUCCGUGUGAUACACUCCCUGACUGAACAGCACAAUGGAGCCUUCCUGGAUUACAUGGGCAAGACUGUCCCCUGGUAGCUUUAAUGUGCCACUUUGUG